AGGUAGUUUUCAUAGUAUCGAUUAAAAUAGCGCAAAAUAAAAAUAUGUUAAUCAAGAUACAGGGAAAUUCAUUAAAUGACGAUCAGACUUGAAUAUCAAGAUAGGAUAGCUCCUACGGGCUAUAGUUGUAUGGAAUUUGCUGGGGAUGUUGACUCAUAGCAACAGAUAAUUUUAUGCAGAUCGAGAGUUGAAAGCAAGGUUUUCCAGUGACUAUGGACGGAAACAAAGAGAGAAAAGAUUUCUAUAUUGAUUUAAAAGUUGAUCAUUAUCAUACAGAUAAUGAAGGAUUAUACAAAAAACAAUUAAGAAGGAAAUACCUUGAUGACUGCAGACAAAAUGGGGUUAAAGCAUUUGAUAGUGAAGGGAAAGCACCGUAUAAUUGUAUCGUCUGCGACCAAGGAUUCUUUCAACGUAAUAAAUUAAGAUUCCACCUGAAAAAGGAACACUCCUCGAAUGUGAUAUGCAAUCGAUGCAGCAAAAGCUUUCGCUCACUUCAUUCAUUUCGAAUACAUUUAAAGACGCAUUCAGAAAGUCGGCCUCAUACUUGUGAAGUUUGUGACAAAGCAUUCAUUCAGAAAUGUCACCUACAAGCUCAUAUGUACUCGCAUAUUCAGACUAAGUUGUUUCCUUGUUCGUUUUGCCAUUCACAAUUUGCAAAUAUGUAUUUUCUUAAACUUCAUGAAAGAACACACAAGCCAUAUAAAUGCUUAAUUUGCGGAAAUUGCUAUAUAGACCACCGAAAUUUUUUCAAACACAUGAUUCAACACUUAGACAACAAACCGUAUAGUUGCCAUGUCUGUGGGAAGUCAUUUGGCAUGAGACAGCAUUUACGACUGCACAUGCAGUUUCACAAAAGUAAUAAAACAACUUGCAAUAUAUGUUUGAAAACGUUUGACAGUUUUAUAAAUUAUGACAGACAUUUGACAGCACAUAAAGUCGAAACCUUUUCAUGUAAAAAGUGCAGUGCAAAGUUCAAUCGACAAGAAUAUCUUGAGGCACAUAUGCCUAUACAUUCCCAUCAAAAAUGGUAUAAUUGUAUAGAGUGUAAGAAGACAUUUGAAAGACACCAUGAUUUUAAGAAACAUUGUAGAAAACAUGCACUUCAAGCUGCGUUCGAGUGUGAUAUUUGUCUCAAAGCUUUUCAAACAAGAUUAAGUUUAAGGAAGCACAGACGUUGUCAUAACAGAGACUAUCCUUACGUGUGUACGUACUGUGCGAAAGGAUUUAUGGAUUAUAAACGUUUUACUUCUCAUCUUCAAUCUCACUGGAUUUAAGAAUGUUUGCUACUCUAUUUAAACAAAACAUGUUUUUUAAAAAAAUAACAAUUUUAAAUUGAUAAUAUUUAAAUAACAGAACUAAAAAGUCAGAAAAAAUGAAAGGUCCGUGUUUUUGUUUUUGAGAUAUAAGCAAUUGAAAAUAUGGCGGGAAAUGAAUUUCUGUAGAUUUGUUAUCAAUUUAACAUUAAUACCAUCAAAAGCUAUAAAAAAAUGACAAGGAUUCUAUAGGACUUUGAAAAUAGCUUCUUUUAACUAAAUAUGUAUUUAAAUCAUUAAAAGAAAAGUAAGGGUUAGCGGGUAAAAUUAUUAAUGGCACUACGUGGAUAAAACCUGCGGAUUCCGAAUAUCUUUACAAAACGUCAAAGAGAAGAGUAGCAAAUAUCCUUAAUGUAGGAAAACGUUUAUACAAUCUUCUAUCAUAUUGUUUUCGAAUUAUUUAAAAUUUUAGACAAAGCAAUAAAAUACUACUAAUCUGGAUUUUAUUGAAUAAGAGACCGAGUUUUUUUUCAAAACGUAAAAUGAAAAAAAAAAUAUAUGUAUAGUAUUUUAUCCCAAUUUGAAAUAAUAACAAUUCUAUCAUUCAAUUAAUGAACGUACUACAUUACUUAUAAAUUGAACUUAUUGAAAAUAUGAUUUUUUUGGAAGAUAAGAAUUAAAUGGUCUACACUUAUGUCCUUACCAAAAUCCUGACGAUUGUCCUGACCGAUAUUUAAAAGUUCUGAAAACGUUUUUAUUUCUGUUUUUUUUUUUUGGAAAAAUUGACUACAAAUUUUGUACAAAUGAAGGUUAUAGAACUGGAUAUAAGAAUAUUAGAUAAACAAAAAAACAAAACUAUUUCAAGAGAAAGAAAACCUACAUGCCAACGUCGACUUUGCAAUGACCAAUGUCCUGAUCUAUAUACAAAUGUUGAUACUUUUUUUUAAUGAUUUAGAUUACUUUGAAUUUGGUAUCAAGGAAGAUUAUAACAUUUAAUACAUUGAACAAGAAUAGAAGAACGAAAAAAAAAGAAAAAAAUACAGUAAAUGUAAAAAAAAAGGACCGGAACGACAGCGGCUCUGCCUUGAUAAUGUCGUGAUCGUUUUAAAAAUGGAUAUAACUUUUUUAUGUCUUAAAUAAAUGAUUGAAUUUAGAAUACAUCAACAUCAUUUUGUGAUUGAAAUGAAUAUAGUAAAAAAUCGUUAAAAACUUAAGGGUAGGUGGCUUUCCUGGUGUGGAACUUGCGCCUUUCUUAUAACUUAUUGUGAAAAAAACCAAAUUAGUGUAACGUGUUAUUUCGUUAGUGUUCUGAAGUUGUUGUGAGGUUAGUUCUGACUGUGUUGUUAAUAUAUACGUAAGUAAAGCAGAUUGUUAAGAUGUGUAUACUGCAAUUGAUUGUUGUGUAUACUGUCAUUGAUUGUUGUGUAUACUGUCACUGAUUGUUGUGUAUACUGUCAUUGAUUGUUGUGUAUACUGUCAUUGAUUGUUGUGUAUACUAUCAUUGAUUGUGGGAUAGAAGAAGAAGAAUUAUAUAAAUGAGUGCUUCGAUAUUAGUGGUAAAAGUAAAAAAGAAAAAAAAACAAUAAGAAAAAAAAAGAAAUAAAAAAUAGAUGUAUCUGAAUGGACAUCGCGAAGAUGGAGACUAGAUAUUUCUUCCUGGUAGCUUGGGCAAAUUUUAUAAAAUUCUUUAUUUUUGUCUUUAUUCAAUUCUGUCUGCCACAUGUUCUUUAGAAAAGUUUUACAUAAUGUUUUGAAAUCUUCUUUGAACAAUAGUACAGAACUAUUUAUAUCUUUACAAAUUUGUGCCUGUUAAGCAUGAUAAUCAACCAACUCAUUGCCUAGGAUUCUUACAUCACUCAAUAUCAAUUCAAAAGUUAUAUGUGCGCCUGAAUGAUAUAAUGAUCUUUAUAAUAAAUGCAAAUCUAAUAAAAA